CACAAGUCCCGUUUGCAUUUUACCUUCGCCUAUUAGCGGAAGGUGUGGCGGCGCAGAAAUGAGCUUUCCGCCAACUGGUGUCGACGAAGAUUACUACUCGGCUUCGUCGACCGUCGUGACCUUCGACCGGCCGGUGCCUCUCCUCCGGGGACCUGUCCCCGAAGGCGAUGGUCGCUUUGUGCUGGCGUUUAGAGACGCUGAUUCCUGGGCCUCCGCAUACAGAGCCUGCGAAUCGAAACUCGUCCAGCAAUGCGAGGCCGGCGCGCGAAUCGGCUGCGCCGUUAGCGCCUCCAGCAAGUGCAAGCCGCCCUGGUGGCACUCUCUCCUCGGUCGACCCCAAACCGACAGAGGAGAAUGCGAAGAGCGAGAAACGGUGCUCUGCCUCGAGGCUGCCAAAGCCAAUUGCUCGAAAUUUGCUGCGGACAAGUGUCGGCCCGUUUUCAGUGGCGCGCGAAUCGCUAUCAAUCACAGGAAGGUGGACUGGAAAGAGGCUUCUAUGUUAAUCUGUUGGGCGACGUCUCCGUUGAUUAGAUUAGGGUUUGGUUUUCUAGGAUUGGACCAAUUGGGCGCCUGGGCUGAGUUUAAAGAUCGACUUCGACUGACGAACUUUAGAGGGAGUGAACUGAUAGGCACUUCCAAUCGUAAUUGAAGAUUCUCGAAGGCGGAACUCGAAAGUAAUUGAUUUCAGCCCCAACGGGAUAUAUAGUGAGACGAAGAGUUCAGAAAGAGAGAGAGAUAGAAAGUGGUGAAGAUCUCUACCAUCGUCGGCCAUUACACAUCUUCAAUCAUCUCUUUUAACUUCAUCCACCAUAGUCGCAGCCCCACUCACAACCAUCGCCAUUUCCCACAACCAUCGUCCUUGAAGGGAUAACUACCUACAGUCACGACGAAGAAAGCGAAGAUUCGCAUAAUAGAGAUUGACGAGAAAGACGAAAAGGUUUGCAACACAAAAACCCAAACAACCAUCACCGUUGUCGGAGAAAAUGAAAGGACGUAGCCUAGAGUUGGCAUUGAAGAUGGUAGAUGUUGGUCACGGACGGACUCACAGAGAAGGCAAAGAGUCGCACUAGAGAAGGUCGAUUCGUCAGCCGAAGGUCAUUAGCAUGUGGUCAUUCAAUAAUGGCACUUGGAAUUACCUCUACAGCCAUUGGCCCUUCGUCAGCCUUGUUAAAUAUCCUUAGAAGGUGAUUUUCAUGGACUUAGCCAAGAAAUCCUCAGAGUUUUUUUUUUUUUUUAAAAAAAAUGCUUGCCACGAAUGAGUUAAACAGCAAGUAUGGCAAGUUGUCUUUAUUUUUUUUGGAGGUUGUUUUAGUAUUUAUGGUGACUUCAUCUUAUUUUAAUUGUAAGGGUUAUUGCUUUAGCCCAAGUGUAAAAAGCAUUGUACGAGUAAUUGCUUUAGCCCAAGUGUAAAAAACAUUAAAAGAGUUAUUGCUUGAACUCGUGUAAAAGCAUAGAGUGGUUAUAA